AUGAUCAUUAUUGAGAAGAAGGCCCAAUUGAUUAUCUACUUCUUCAUCUGCGCAUGCGUCCUCAGUGGCGGAUCUCUCAUAUCUAUACCAUUGUGUUCGGUUGCACUCCAUUUCUAUGCUGCAGCCAUUGGAUUCGGAUUUUUCUUUGGUAACAUUCACUACCUGGCAAACAUGCUAUUAAUUGAAUUUUUCGGGCCAAGUAAAUUAUCGGGAUGUUUCAGUAUGGUAUAUUUGGCGUACACAAUAGCAUCCUUUACCGGGAAUCCUCUGGCGGGGAUUGUAUCGAGAAUGACAAGGUUUGACGGAGCCGAGUUUUUCUUCACUGGUUCAAGCAUAGUCGUUGCUGGUUUGGUCAUGAUUCCAAGUUUAUUCGUCACAACAAAGAGAUCAGCAAUGCUUAAGAGAAGCGAAACAUUACAUUUAGAUACUACACGACGUUCGGAUAUCUGUAACUACAAGGACUACACAGAGAAAGUGGAAAUAUCAGUAAACAUAUUAGACAAGGAGACGGCAUAUGGUGCCAUAUCAAUACCUGUUUAA